AUGGACGUGGCAGGUCUCCACGCUUGCAGCCUUUUCUGCCUGGCCCUUGCUCUAGCAGCAAGUUGCUCUAUGUGCGUGUUGGGACGUCGCCCGGAGCGUGGCACGAGUUCCGUUAUUGUGACAUCGUGCCUGUGGUCCUGCUCGGUGAUGUGGCAUUUGCCUUACUAUGCUGUCUCUGGAAUCACAGUGGCGGCGGCUUUAGUUUCCUGGUCUUCUUUGCAUAGUUCACUUCAGACCCUUUUCCAUCAGAAAGAAACCACCACCAUGCCCGCGGCAACCUUGCUGUGGAAAGUGGUGUGUGCCAUGCUAAAGCGGGGUGAGUUUGGUCAGGCCGUAGUCUGUUUGAUAUGGGGCCUGCACUGCUUCAUCACACACGUGUUGCUGGAGUUGGAGGAUCUCGUCCUUGAUCUCGUGCCGCAGUGGCAGGGAGAGGUUAUUGUGAUCUUGGGUCAUCCUCGAAGUGCCUCCACGCAUGUGCAUCAUAUGCUCAGCCAGACGUUGCCAAGCAGUGCGUCGCUGACUUUCUACGAUGUCCUCUUCCCUUCCCUCAUCCAGUGGUAUUGUAUGCAGCCGUUCAAGCCUUUGGUCAACAUCUUCCUCAGCCUCCUCGACUCGCCGCAGCACCGAAUCGCUGUGGAUGAGGUUGCAGAAGAACAGCAAUGGCUGACGUUGAAGUUCAAGGAGAUUCUGUUGCCCAUGCUCUUCCCUGCGAUGGUCGAUGACCCCAAGCUGUUCCGCGCAUCCUGCGACUACACCGAAGCAGACAUGAUGUUCAUCAAGGGGUGCACAAGACGCCUUUUGAUCCGCAAGCCGCACUGCAAGCUAUAUAUAGCUCGCAUGCUCACUUUCUCGCCAUGGCCUGAAUAUAUCACAGCUGCCUUCCCCAAUGCCAAGUUCAUCGUCUGCUUAAGAGAUACUGAGGAGUGUGUGCGAUCUUUCGUAAGCCUCGCAGCCGUUCACUCAGGCGGCAACCCGAACACACCGCUGUGCAAGAAGUGGGCUCAGAACUGCGCCGACACCCUCACGGAAGGCACAGUUCGAGGCCUGCGGCGCCUUGUGGACGGCCGGGUGAAUGCCAAGUCGGUGAUGCAGGUGAACUUCAAAAGCUGGAAGGCAGAGACCCGGUCCUGUCUGAUCUGGUUGCUGAAAGAGUUGGGGAUGCGCGAAGAGCUCAAGGCCGUGGAGGCCUCCAAGGAAGUGAAAGUGGAGCGGCGCGAGAAACACAAGAGCAGCGCAGACGGGAUCGAUUGCCUUGAGGGAGUUGACAUAGCCAACUGGACCAUUGAUGAGAUGAACUCCAUGAUGGAUAAGCUGAAGUAG